AUGGCUGGUUGGUGGUGGGUGACUCAAAAGAUUGCUAAUGGAAUCUGCAACAAGAUUAAGCAUAAUGAGCUGUUGCUGAUUUGGAUGAGUAGGAGGCUAAUGACAGCAAAAGUACCCAACAGAGCUGCAGUUCAUGGAACUAAGCUAGCUGUUACUAAAACCAUCGACAUAAGAACCAUUCAAUCUCAUUACUUGCCCCAUACAGAUCGCGUGAAGCGAAGAAAGAGAUCAAUAAAGGGAAGGAGGAAAAUUCACAGGUAUACACAAUCUUCAAAGAGUAAGAACAAACGAAUCAAAAAAAAUCUUACUAUGUCUGUGGCCGUGGGAAUUGGGCUGCCAACUGGGAUGUGGCCUGUGGCUGUGGGUGGAGAAGGAGGAGGAAGAAGAGCCAAGGAAGAUCGAAGAAAUCACGAGGAAGAUGGGGAUCGGGGUGUCCAUAGAAAGAGCUGA